CAGGUGUAGGGGGCACUCCUGGAUUGUAGACCCUACCCCCUGUGAACAUGUCCUUGUUACUGGUCAGAGAUGCUGCAGGACAUGGAGGCAGAGCCAUGAUGUGCCCUGCACCGAUUCACUCACUUUGUCCACGAAUUCACACAAAGGGUCACAUUCUACACACACGCUUCCCCCUUUGCCCUUAGCCGCCAUCUCUUAGGACUCAUUGCAUGUCCAUCACGUAGAGACGCCUCGCCCUUGAAGGCUGCACGAGUUCCCAUGUGACAGGUGGACUCUCACGUACCCAGCUUCCCUGCUGAUGGACAUUUGUGUUGUUCUUAGUUUCUGAGGGCAGCGUCGUCUUCUUUUAGGAUGACCAUGUAGCAAUGGUUCUUAACAUUUAAGCUUUGAAAUUUCCCUGCUAAACCUAUCCCCCAUCGCUCUCCCUUACAUGCAUCCUGCUCGGUCUUCCUAUUGCAAGAAUCCGUGGGCUGUGACAUAUUUAGUGGUCACAGAGCAUGGAGCCUGGAGAACGCUGCUGGUGCAAUGGCUCGUUCCACAAGCCCAGAGUGUGUGUGCGGAUGGCUUUCCCUUUACAAGGCUUGUGAUGGGGCGAGGUGUGCCUGGCAUAAUCACACUGGAGUUUACCUCAGCGACAGGUGUGCUUCUGCUGCUUCUGAGGCAUGUCCCUUUACCUGGUCCUACCCGGCAAUCCCUCCUGGGAGCACCGUGCCAGUGUCUUCGGCUUUGGGGCUCGGGCUGGCUGCAUGCUCUCCGUGCCCCGUUUUCACCGGAGCACCUUGAGUUCUUCCGCCUGGAAUGCAGCGUCACCUGGGCUCGAUUCAUGGUGCAGGGGGGCGUGCCGGGGGUGUCCCUGGCUACGCAGCCUUGAGGACAUGCAAUCGAACGCCAAGAGAUGUUUCAUCCAGGGGCCAGGCCCCAUCCCCGGGCACCAGCACCCCUUGGUGGCCGCUCUCGUUGGAGGAUGUGUCUCUGCAGCCGCCCUGCCCCAGGGCCAGCGUCCAGCUUGGGCAGUGGGGACAGCGGCAUGCCCUCUGACCCGUCGCCACUCGGCCUUUCCCGUCUGGACAGUGGCGGCUCCCAGGCGGUACCAUGUUGUCCAUGACGUACAGCGAGAGCCUGAGGAGCGUGAGCAGCAGGUGUCACUCUGACUGGGCCCUGCACCCCGUCCGCCAGACCGACACCCUGGAGCUGCAGCGGCUGCGGGAGGUGCGGGCGGCCGCCCAGGCCAGGAACAUGGAGAGCUUCCUCCGCAUGCACGGCCUCUCCCUGGACGGCUGCACCGCCCGGCGCACGGGCAUGAAGUACCGGAACCUGGGCAAGUCAGGCCUGCGGGUCUCCUGCCUGGGGCUGGGAACAUGGGUAACCUUCGGAGGCCAGAUCACCGACGAGAUGGCAGAACAGCUAAUGACCUUGGCCUACGACAACGGCAUCAACCUCUUCGAUACCGCCGAAGUCUACGCAGCUGGCAAGGCUGAAGUGGUUUUGGGGAACAUCAUUAAGAAGAAGGGAUGGAGACGAUCCAGCCUGGUCAUCACCACCAAGAUAUUCUGGGGAGGAAAAGCGGAGACCGAGAGGGGCCUUUCCAGGAAGCACAUAAUAGAAGGUCUGAAGGCCUCCCUGGAGCGGCUGCAGCUCGAGUAUGUGGACGUGGUGUUUGCCAACCGCCCGGACCCCAACACGCCCAUGGAAGAGACCGUGCGUGCCAUGACCCACGUCAUCAACCAGGGGAUGGCCAUGUACUGGGGCACGUCGCGCUGGAGCUCCAUGGAGAUCAUGGAAGCCUACUCGGUAGCCCGGCAGUUCAACCUGAUCCCGCCCAUCUGCGAGCAGGCCGAGUACCACAUGUUCCAGCGAGAGAAGGUGGAGGUGCAGCUGCCUGAGCUCUUCCACAAGAUUGGAGUGGGUGCCAUGACCUGGUCCCCUCUGGCCUGCGGCAUCGUUUCUGGAAAGUAUGACAGCGGCAUCCCGCCCUACUCCAGGGCCUCCUUGAAGGGCUACCAGUGGCUAAAGGACAAGAUCCUGAGCGAGGAGGGCCGGCGCCAACAGGCCAAGCUGAAGGAGCUGCAGGCCAUUGCCGAGCGCCUGGGCUGCACCCUCCCGCAGCUGGCCAUAGCAUGGUGCCUAAGGAAUGAGGGAGUCAGCUCCGUGCUCCUGGGCGCUUCCAGUGCAGACCAGCUGAUGGAGAACAUUGGAGCAAUACAGGUCCUUCCCAAACUGUCAUCUUCCAUUAUCCACGAGAUCGAUAGUAUUUUGGGCAAUAAACCCUACAGCAAAAAGGACUACAGGUCCUAAGAAGCCCCCCGCUGGCCCGGACACUUUCCGUUCCCCUCCUAGUCUCUGUUCACCGCCACUCGCUUAAGCUGUUUUGAAGCCAAGUCAAGACUGUGGUUUGCAUCAAAAAGAGAACAAGGCGCCCAGAGGCCAUGGGGAAAACAGGUCAGAAGUCUCUGCAACACCACCCACUGCUUCGCUGGGCCCACAUCUGCUGGGGAGACGGUUCUGAUUAUUAGGACUGUCGAGUGGUCCCACCCACGCCUGCAGCCUCUGCUCAUCCUCAAAGAAACCAGCGCGCUUUCCCCCUCCGGCCCGGCCCUUCUUGGAGACUCUCAAGUCCGGUCCAGGCUGGACCAGUCCAGGCCCGGGAUCCGGGGCCCGGGGCAGGCAGGGCUGGACUCUCCACUGAGAACCCCCACCUGGUGUUGGGGGAAGGGAAGAGGAAACCGGGUCUAGUCUUCCCGCGCCCCCUGAAGGGCCCUGGGUGUUGGGCUGGGCCUCCCCACGGGGUCUCCCUCUGACCAAGGGCUCUAUGCUCUUUUCCAUGGGCCUGACUUCAGAUGCGUUUCCCACCCUUCUCCACCAUCACCUGCCCCGGGGGGUCUCUGAGGGGCCUCCCGUACUCUCCCUUGACCCCUACCUCCUCCCUGGCUGGCAGGGGUAGGGAUCCAGGGAGAUUGCCUCUGCAGUUUGGGACCCACAAAAAGUUUGGGGGUCUGAUUUCAAGUUCAUCACCCCACCAUCUUGCUCCCUGCGCAGCCAAUGAGCCCCAGGCCAGGGCUGCCAGAGCACUUGGCAGGGGGCCUGUGGAGUGGGCUCCAGCCCAGGUCCCUCCAGGGCUCCACCUGCCCUCCCUGCCAGGUACCUAGUCCGCUGCCCUCUGUCCUUGCCCAGAAGGCCCUGAGGUCGUGCAUGCUUAGCUGGACUGUGGCUGCUGACCACUCACAGGAGAGGGUGCCUCUGCUCUGCUGGGGUGGUGGCCUUGGAGUCUGCAGAGAGAACAGACUUAGAUCCCUUCAGGGAGGGUCCUUGGGUCUUCUGUGCUAUGCCCAGGGCUGUGCACACAGCAGCAGCCCCCACAACAUGGGGGCUUCUUUCCAGGAGCCUCUCCCUGGAAAGGCGCCCCUGCGAGGCCUCAAAUCAGGCAGGGUGGAGGUGUUCUGUCGUGGGAUGAUAAGUGUGUCUGUGCUCAGAGCUUGUGACCUGGGCAGAUGGGCAGCAGUGCCACCCCUGGAAUCCCCCACACCCUGUGAAAAGUGAGGAUGUCACUUUCAUACCACUCCCCAGCCUGGAGCAGAUUGGGGACAGGGAGGAAGGGCAGGAUGGACGGACCGUCAGCCCCUUUGCAGCCCCAGCUUGGGGCUGGAAGGGACGGGGGAGAAGAGGAGGCCUGCAGCCUGGAGCCCCAGCCCCCAUGGUCCUGAGAAGUACCCCAGCCUUUGCCAGCUAUGUGGGGGGCACCAGCCAGGCUUUACAUAUGUGCCAGCCCACUCUAUGUGGGCCCUGUGUGCCCCCUUCCCUGGACAGGGAGCAUUAACCAGACCCCCGGGACCCCCAUGCCCUCACACUCACCCCGGGAGGCAGGCACAGCCUGUUCUGCCUCAGAGAAGCUGCUGUCCCUAGAGGCUCCUCCCUGCCAUUCGCAGAGGGCCUACCUUCAGCCCUGGCUGGGCUGAGGCCUGGGCAACAGGGCUUUGAGAAAAGCCCCAAAGGCAAAGGGGUUGGGGAGGGGCAGCUUUCUCCACUCCUGACCUUUAUGCUGACCCUGGAGUCUAACACCUUCCCCACCUCGUAGACCAGGCCUUUGGGGGUCUUCCCCAUAGUCUACAAGCUUCACUGUGGAUGGAGUAGGCAACGCCUGUCCCAGCCGAGGUACCCAGCCUGUGGCCACUCCCCAUCACCCAGUGUGCCGAUUGCCCACCCCUCACUAACAGGGACCAGACUUGCAGCAGGCCCUUGGUGGGGACAGAUGCCCCCAUGAGCCACACCUGGGGAGGCCGAGCUCCUAUUGGCCACAUGUUGGUAAAACAGAGGGAGCCCAGGGUUGAGCUCAGCAGAGGCUGAAAUAGCCAGGACCCAGCAGCCUCAGUCCGGGCCCCACUGCCCUCCACCUGGUUUUGAGGUGCCCUAUGCUUCUGCACUCACUGCAGGGGGGACAGGGCUCUGCUUCCUGGGGGACAGACCCCCAACUUAGGAAGGAGCUAGAGUGGGGGAGAAGUUGGGCAGAACCUAAGGGCAGUCAGAGUCUGGAAAGGGAAGAGCUGGGCAAGGGUGGCCCCAAAGGGGUGGCCUGGGCCCCUGCCAGCCCCUCCCCCUCCCCUGAAGCAGAGUUGGCCCCUCUGGAGUGCGGACACGGGAACUAGGCCCAGGGACAGGGCUGGGGUCAUUCUUCCUUGUUGAUGCCACACAGAGCCCCCCGCCGUCUGCCCCCCAUCUGUGGUCAGCGCGAGGCCCGGAGCGGCAGAGGGGGGCUCGCUCAUCUUGUAAAUUACGCGUUUCUCUCCCGUUUUUUUUACGACGGUUCCCCAGCUAAUGCGCUCCCUCCACAGGCGAGACUGCCACGCGCCUCGCGCUUCCCAACACUCAGCCGGGACACGGCACCGUAUUUAUGGAAUGACGAAAUAAAACCCAAGCCCAUGGGG